GUUAUAGUGGGGGAGGUAAUUGUCUUGGCUCGUGCAACAUCAUUUUUGUGUGAGUUUGUUCGUCGCGUUUGUUGUGUUCAGUGUUUUAUUCAUCGAGUUAAAUUUAUUUUCUCAGCUCCUUUGUCCUAUAUACACAUGUGUUUGAAAGUGAUCAGUGAUUAAAAGUGUUAAUGUACGUGGCGAAAGUAAAAAAGAACUUUGUUAAUUACUUCAAAACCUCUUCCUAGUUUUUGAUACUAUAUUAUGAAAGUCAAAAAAUAAACAUGCACACUCAUGAAUCAGCUGCUUUCUCAUCACAAAUAUCUUUUUGAUCAAAGGGAUGAGAUUUCUUUUAUUGAGGUGAAAGUCGUAGCCGAUGUAGUUCAUGUGCAUUAAAUUCUGCAGCAGAUAAUGCAUCGAUCCACAAGGAAAUGAAACCUCCUUUCUAAGCAUUUUCUGGGUCGUGAUUGUAAAUAAAUAAAAACGAUUGUUGAGCUCCAAAAGUUUUUGUGUGUAAAGUAAAAUAAUUAACAACACAGAGAUAAAAGAUCAGAUGAAGUUUAAUAUGAAAAAGGACAUGGAAGCGAAUUUAUAUCCAAUUAAAAGGAAUUUAUGGUUACUGUUUAAAUGAAUUGAGGCUACAAGUGCCUAAUGUCGAGGGAGGAUUAUAAUUAUUUGAUUUUUCUAACGACUGAUAAAGGAUGACGGUUAGCUAUACAGCCGAAGUUGCCACUUGCAAGGGCCUGGGCUGCUUUUUAAAAUUAUUAUUUAGGUGGCGAGCUAGUAUUUACAAACUAGUUUGGUUAGAGUUAGCUAUAUUUCUUAUUAUUUAUUAUUCCCUAUCGGCGACGUAUUUAUUCCUUCUCGAUGAUCGUCAGAAGAAAAUAUUUGAGUACAUUGUCGUAUAUUGCAAUGAGUACUCGGAUUACAUCCCAUUGGCAUUUGUCAUGGGUUUUUACGUGACAAUAGUUAUGACCCGAUGGUGGAAUCAAUAUACCUCGAUUCCCUGGCCUGAUUCAAUAGCUGUUUAUGUCUCAGCCACCAUUCAUGGCAAUGAUGAAAGAGGAAGAUUAAUGAGACGUACCAUCGUAAGAUACGUGUGCGUUUGUCUCACACUUGUCCUCACGAAUGUUUCGCCACGAGUUAAAAAACGUUUUCCAACAUUAGAUCAUUUUGUUGAUGCCGGUUUAUUGCUCGAGAAUGAAUUAGCAAUAUUUCAGAGUUUAAAUCAAAAAUUUCCCAAACCAAGUAAACAUUGGCUGCCAAUUGUAUGGGCGUCGAGUAUUGUUACACGAGCACGUAAAGAAGGUCGAAUACGAGAUGAUUUUGCGGUGAAAACGUUGAUUGAUGAGCUAAAUAAGUUUCGCGGAAAUUGUGGUAGUCUGAUACAAUAUGAUAAUAUCAGUAUACCACUCGUUUACACGCAAGUUGUUACCUUAGCUGUUUAUUCAUAUUUCAUAUCAAGUGUUAUGGGUGGACAGUGGGUUGAAAAUAAAUCCAUGUCUGCGAUUGAUCUCUAUUUUCCAUUUUUCACUACUCUUCGAUUUUUCUUCUAUAUGGGUUGGCUCAAAGUUGCCGAGACUUUGAUUAAUCCAUUUGGCGAGGACGACGAUGACUUUGAAGUUAAUUGGAUUAUCGAUCGUAAUCUACAGGUGAGUUAUUUAAUAGUUGACGAGAUGCAUCACGAGCAUCCUCAAUUGAUUCGAGAUCAAUAUUGGGACGAAGUUUUCCCUAUAGAGCUUCCUUACACAGCUGCUUCUGAAGCUUUCAGAGAAGAGCAUCCUGAGCCUUCGACGGCAAAUAUUCAACUAUCAGCAGCGCAACAAGAAAUUUUGCCCUCAUCAGUAAGAAUCGAUGAAAUGGUACCACCGGAUUAUCAAUCGAAAAUAAUUCGUUCAGACGUUGCUGAUGAUGCUGUUUCAGGGAUUCAUUUCAAUGCUGGAAAAAUCUCAAGGAGUACAAGUCGAAUUAGUCAGAGAGAGAGGAAUAUGAGUCUUGGCUCAACUCCAAGCAACAUUGGAGGAUCAUUGACAAGGAUAGGAAGUGUCACUAGUGUACUUAAAAGAAUGUUUAGCAAAGAAGAUCGACCCGAUGGAGCGAGUGGUAGAACUCCAGGAAAUCUUCCAAGUUCGAGUUCAGCGGCCUCGCUUCAAAAUCAACGUCAAGUUGGUCCUGGAGGAUCGAUGAGAAUAGGUGUGAUCGAAGAAGUGGACGAGCAAAUGACAAUGACGUCGAUGCGACCCGAACAUCGGCCACAUGUGAAUUCUAUUUUCCCCCAAGGACCCCCACCUCCUAGUGCUUCAAUUGAUGUUCCUGGUGCAAAGGAUUACUCACAUCGUAAUGGACAUUUAUUAUCGAGUAGCGCACCCGCGGGAACAGCUCGCUGUCGAAGCGCUAGCGUUUCACGAUCAGCAUCGAGAAAUCGACCAUCACAAUCUGCAAGAUCGAGUGCACUUUACGAUCCAAGUUUUAUUAAUGAUUUAAAUGAGGAGGAUGACGAUGACAAUCGUAGUAAUGCAAGUCUGAUGCAUUCGUCUGAGGAUGAGUCAAUGGAUGAAUUUACAAAAUUGAAAAUCGAAAGGGAAAAACAACGAGAGGCAAGGGCAAUUGGUAAAAUUGUAAGGAGCAUCGAAAGUAAUAAACAAAGCUUAGUGGAUUUAGCCGAUGGAGAAUCACUUCUUCUCGCUGAUCUUGCUGAAUCGUCGAAAAUUGCUAUGCAAUCGGAUAAAAGUCGUUAUAAUAAGGACAACGAUACAAGUCAUAUAUAGUAUAAAAUACAAUCUCAAUUAGAAACGACUUUGUGAUAAAAAAAAGAAAGAGACACUUGUUUUAAGUGCACCAAGUUUUUUUCUCGAAAUUUUAAUAUUCCAAAAUUUUAAAUUUCAAAUUUCGAAAUAACUUUACUAAUUUCAAAUCAAUUAAAUUUUUAUCAG